CGUCAACAAAGCAAAAUAAAAGCCGGUCAACAUGAUGUACUCAUUGCUAUACAAAGAAGACGCGGCCCAUGAGGAAAGCAUUUGGUCCUGUGCAUGGGGUCGUAUCAAGGUACAAAAAGAUGGCAUUGAUGACGACAACGACGACAAUUCCCGCGAUUCUACCUCAAGUAAGAAAGACGCUGCAUCGGAAGGGACGUACAGAGAUUUCAUUGUUACUGGAGGAGUUGAUGAUAUGGUGAAGAUUUGGGAUGUGCAACCCGAUCGCAACAAGUUAAAGUUGAGAAAUACGUUUACCGGACAUUCACUAGGAGUAGUAUCGGUGGACGUUAGUUCGAGUGGCGAAGUAAUUGCCAGCAGUUCAUUAGACUCAAGCCUUUGCAUAUGGAAAGCCGAAACGGGCCAGUUGAUGAAUCAAAUAUCCCUGGGGCCGGUGGAUUUGUGGACGGUAGCAUUUUCGCCGUGUGAUAAGUACAUCAUCUCCGGUUCCCACGAGGGUAAGAUCUCUCUGUACAGCGUUGAAACUGGAAAGCCGGAGCAAGUGCUUGAUCCGCAAAAUGGAAAAUUUACACUAAGCAUCGCAUGUAGCCCAGAUGGAAAAUACAUUGCAAGUGGUGCCAUCGAUGGGAUAAUCAACAUUUUCGAUGUAGCUGCCGGCAAGGUAGCCCAGACACUCGAAGGCCACGCAAUGUCCGUCCGAAGCUUAUGCUUUUCACCGGACUCGCAGAUGCUGCUGACAGCCUCGGAUGACGGUCAUAUGAAGCUUUACGAUGUAGCCCAUUCUGAUGUAGUUGGUACAUUGUCUGGGCAUGCUUCUUGGGUCCUGUCCGUGUCGUUUUCAGGUGAUGGGCGUAAUUUUGCAUCAUCUUCAAGUGACAAAACGGUCAAAAUUUGGAACGUUGCGGAACGCCAGUGUUUGCAUACUUUCAGCGAACAUACGGACCAGGUUUGGGGGGUCCGAUACAGUCCUGAUAGUGCAAAUGUUGUCUCUGUAUCAGAGGAUAAGUGUAUCAAUCUAUACGACUGUCCACCAAAUGUUGUAUAAGUUUAAUCAAUAAAACCCAUUUCUUUACUAACGGAA